CGCGGUGUCACGGCUCCGGGGGGAAACGCGGGAGGUGAUGGCGGAGCCUCCGGAAGCGGCGGAAGAGUUUCGCGGUCGGACUCAGCAGGGCGGAAGUCGCUGAGGCGAACGGGGGUGGCGGCGGCAGCGAGCGACGAUGAACAACAAAUUCGACGCAUUGAAAGAUGAUGAUAGUGGAGACCAUGACCAGAAUGAGGAAAAUAACACACAGAAAGACAGUGAGAAGGAAAAGAAUGAUCGUGAGAAACCACAGAGUACUACCAAGAGGAAGGCUGUGGUGCCGGGGCCAGCUGAGCACCCCUUGCAGUACAACUACACCUUCUGGUACUCGCGACGCACGCCCGGGCGGCCCACCAGCUCCCAGAGCUACGAGCAGAACAUCAAACAGAUCGGCACCUUUGCCUCCGUGGAACAGUUCUGGCGGUUUUACAGUCACAUGGUACGUCCUGGGGACCUGACAGGCCACAGUGACUUCCAUCUUUUCAAAGAGGGCAUCAAACCCAUGUGGGAGGACGAUGCCAACAAAAAUGGUGGUAAAUGGAUUAUCCGUCUGCGGAAGGGCUUAGCAUCACGGUGCUGGGAGAAUCUUAUUCUGGCCAUGUUGGGAGAGCAGUUCAUGGUGGGGGAAGAAAUCUGUGGGGCUGUCGUCUCUGUCCGAUUCCAGGAGGACAUCAUCUCCAUAUGGAACAAGACAGCCAGCGACCAGGCCACGACAGCCCGGAUACGCGACACGUUACGAAGAGUGCUCAACCUACCUCCCAACACCAUCAUGGAAUAUAAAACCCACACCGACAGCAUCAAGGAUAAUUCAAGCUUUCGAAACACAAAAAUCACAUUGUGAGAACAAGAGUUGGCACUAAACUCCUCUCUCCGUGUUGAAAGCACUGAGAGUGGCCUCCAACCUCUGAAGGGACUCAUGGGCCACUCUCGCACUCCUCCCUGGGGGAAGGAUCCAUCUGAAGCCCUCCAGCAGCGGUGACAAUAGAGGCCGAUUUUGUCUUACACAAACUUUUUUUUAGCAGUGGGGCGGGAGGCAGCCUUUCAAUUAGCGGCGGGCCCUUGGGGCCGCAUCUUGCAGCACUUUCCUGUCUUUCUCUACAUGGCACGCAGGAUCGCUGGGAUUCUGCCUCAACAUCAGAGCCUUUUGCUGAGGGAUACCAGUAUUACAAAUCUCUCUGCAGCUGGGAGGAGCAUCCCAGUUGAGAGUCAGCCCUGUGGUUUUCAAAUGCCCCUUUUCAGUUCUGCCAAUAAAUUAUUGGGUCUCUUUGUUUC